AUGGAGAAGCAGGCCGCCAGGGCCCCCGUUGGGGGCUGCGAGGAGGAGGAGCAGGUGGUCCCGAGCGAGCAGGACGACAGCGGUGUGCGGGCGGUGCAGGCCCGCUACCUCCGGAGCCCGUCUCCGAGCCAGUACUCGGUGAUCUCGGACGCGGAGACGGAGAGCAUCUUCAUGGAGCCCAUCCACCUCUCCUCCGCCGUGGCCGCGAAGCGGAUCAUCCAGGAAGAGCUGCCGUCGCGGGGACCCAGGGGCGCGGCCGAGUGCCCGGAGCUGCUGGAGUCGGCGGAGCAGCUGCUGGUGGAGGACCUGUACAACCGCGUCCGCGAGCAGCUGGACGAGCGCAGCCUGUACAACACGCCCUGCGUCCUGGACCUGCAGCGGGCGCUCACGCGGGACCGCCGCCAGGCGCCCUGGAACGAGGUGGACGAGGUGUGGCCCAGCAUCUACAUCGCGGAGAAGAGCGUGGCUGUGAACAAGGGGCGGCUGAAGAGGCUGGGAAUCACCCACAUCCUCAAUGCCGCCCACGGCACCGGCGUCUACACGGGAGCCAAGUUCUACACGGGGCUGGAGAUCCAGUACCUGGGGCUGGAGCUGGACGACUUCCCCGAGGUGGACAUCGCCCAGCACUUCCGGAAGGCCGCCGAGUUCCUGGAUGAAGCCCUGCUGACCUACAGAGGGAAGGUGCUGGUGAGCAGCGAGAUGGGUGUCAGCCGCUCGGCCGCGCUGGUGGCCGCCUACCUGAUGAUCUUCCACGGGCUGCCCGUGCUGGACGCGCUGAUGACCCUGCGCAAGCGGCGCGCCGUGUGCCCCAACGACGGCUUCCUGCGGCAGCUCCGGCAGCUCAACGAGCAGCUGAUGGACGAGCACGAGGAGGAGGAGGAGGAGGAGGAGGACUCGGGGAGCACGGUGGGCGCCGGGGUGCAGGCCCUGAUGGUGCAGGAGGUGGACGAUGCCGGCAGUCUGCUGAGUGGCCUGUCCCGGGCCCCCAGGGCCCUCCGGGGAGACGAGGAGGAUGAGGAGGAGGGGGAGGAGGGGGAGUGGAUGCAGAGGCCCCGCACCGGCAGGGCCCCCCCCCGGGGAGAUGGGGGCCACGCGGCCUCCCCGGAGCCCGGGGACUGGGAGGACGAAGAGGACGAGGAGGACGGGGUGGAGCGCAUCGUCCGUGAGUGGCAGAGCCGCAAUGAGAGGUACCAGGCCGCGGGGCGCCGGAGCUGGGGCCGGGAGGAGGAGCAGGAGGAGGAGGAGGAGGAGGUGCCGGGGGGCCUUCGGCGCCGGAGGCUCGCCUUGAGCGAGCACAGCAGCUCCGAGAGCACCAGCAGCCGGGAGCUGGGGGUCCGCACGCAGCGGGUGGAGAGCAGCCGGCCCCGGGCCGGAGGGAGGCCCCGCUGCGACUCGGGGUCUUCAGGCGGCGCCUGGGACGCCCGCGGGGGCCAGGCCGGGGCGCGGGCGGGGGAGGGGCCGGCGGGUGGCAGCAGAGGGGACGGGGACGACGGGGACAGCGUGUGCUCCGAGGCCAGUUCCCUGUCCAGCUUCUGCAGCCGCAACAGGGACAAGCUGUCGGCCCUGGAGAGGUGGAAGAUCAAAAGGAUCCAGUUCGGCUUCCACAAGAAGGACGCGGAGGCGGGGAACAGCGGCAGCGAGGCGGACGCGGGGCGGGACGCGGCCCCCAGCCCCUCAGGCCUGUCGGCCUACCAGGCCUGGAAACUGAGGCAGCAGAAGAAGGCGGGGACCGAGAACCCGGAGCAGGUGGCCCAGCUGGGCCAGGCCGAGGACACGGCCUUGGCCAAGAAGCGGCAGCGCCGGCUGGAGCUCCUGGAACGGACCCGGCAGAACCUGGAGGAGAGCCAGUCGCUGGCCGACUGGCCCGACGGGACCCUCCCCCUGUCCGCCUUCGGGUCCGACGCGCCCUCGGCCAGCACCGACGCCGCCGACGACGGCGGGGACGCGGCGUCCGUCCCACUGCCGGGCCUGCCGGUGGGGCCGGGGAACACGGUGUCCAUCGCCAGCAUCCAGAGCUGGAUCCAGAGCGUGGUCAGUGAGACGCUGGCCCAGAAGCAGCAGGAGUGGCUGCUGGGCUCGCGGCCGCCGUCGGAGGCCGCGGGCUCCUCCCGGGCGGGCGAGGACGCCCUGUCCGUGCUCAGCGGCUCCUCCCUGGCCAGCUCCCAGAGCCGGGGGGCCCGGCGUGGCUGGGACGCGGGCUCCACGCUGUCCUCGGCCAGCACCGCGGCCACCGCGCCCAGCACCGCGGCCACCACCAGCAAGCCGCUCUACGGCCUCUUCGCCGACAGCGUGGACCUCGGGGCGCUGGGCCGGAAGGAGCGGGAGCUGCAGGACGGGCUGCGGGAGACCAUGUCCGAGUACUCGCCCGAGAAGCUGGCCGCCGGCCGCCAGCGCAGCUCCCUGUUCAAGAAGAAGAAGAAGAAGCAGGACGCGGGCACCGCUGGGGCGGACGCGGGGGACGGGGACACCGACAGCGCCUUUGGGAGCUUCCCGCAUUCCUCCAGCGGCUCUUUCCAGAGGGCAGAGGCGGACGCCCCCGACAACGACGACGGUCGAGACUCGGGGGCCGGCGUGAGCCAGUGGCUCCGGGGCCUGGGGGCCGAGGGCAGGUGCCCCCCGCCGCCCUCACAGAGCAGUGGUCCCCGAGGCAGCAGGGCCAAGGCCGGCGGCCACUCGCAGUUCCGGGAGACCGAGUCCCAGGCGUCCAGUUUCAGCUUCUCCCAGUCCCGGUCGGAGGAGCGGGCCAGUUCCAGCUCGCGUGAGGCCGGCGGCCGCUCGGUGAGGACCACCCGCUGGCAGACGGCCACCUGCACCGCCGAGGGUGCCCACAGCCGCAGCUUCUCCCGGUCGGUGCACGGCGAGGCCGCCGGCUCCGGUGACAGCAGCCCCGAGCCCUACUUCUUCCGCCGGACCCCCGACGCCUCGGCCGGGGAGGAGUCCCCCGAGCCCCGGGAGCACUCCGCGGAGCGGGGAGCCCGGGGCAGACCCAGCCGGAGCUUUGGCUUCGGCUUCGGGCGGGCCGGGGAGGAGAGCGAGAGCGAGCGGCGCGAGCGGAGGGAGGAGGGGGAGUUCGCGUCCGGGCGGCGGCAGAGCACCAGGAGGGAGGACGGGGAGGAGAUGGACGACGAGGCAGUCAUCGCUGCCUGGAGGCGGCGGCAGGAAGAAACCCGGACGCGGCUGCAGCGGAGGAGGGAGGACGGGGGGGCCGGAGACUGA